AUGAGCGUCGCGAGAAGUUUGUUGCUCGUCCAGGAACUUGACAGUCAUCUCGUCAAGAGAUUUCUUCACCAUGUUACUAGAAAUGCGGCCCCGAGAAGGCGCCUCGUGAGUUCCGUGCGGGGCGCUGGGCUGCGGUCGCUGCACUGCGGGGCCCCGGCGCUGCAGGGCCUCGGCGCGGGGUCGACGCCCCCCAACGCUGAGACCAUAACCUCCUUCAGGUCCCCAGCCUCCUACAGGAGAGUGCACGCCGCUCGUGCUACUCCUCAGGAGGAGGAACUCUUUGAAUCAUCCCGCGGUCCGGACCAGGUGCUGCCUGCGAGGUCACACAAAUGUUGGCAUCCUGACGGUGCCGUGACCAUCACAAUGGACGAAGAAGGCCCAGGGGCUAGAGCGCCCAUGUCUGUCCACAGCCUCCUGCAAACAGCAGUUCUCACCCACCCCCAACAGCGUGCCCUCGCCGUCCACCGGGCCAUCAUGGCGGGGGGGCUGUCAACGGGGCUGUACCACAACAACUCUGCGGAGGCGAGUUGCGGCAUCGCAAACGACUGCCGUGCGCAGGUGCUGGUCUUGGACGACCACCACACCGUCAGCAACAUCAUGACCGUCCGACACAAGCUGCCGCACGUCAAGGCGAUCGUGCAGUGGCUUGGGCAGCCCAGGGAGCGCGGCGUGAUGUCUUGGGCGGAGUUCAUGCACCUCGGCGCCUCGACGCCCGACGACGAACUGCAGCAACGACUCAGCCUGCAGGCGGUCAACCAGUGCUGCACGCUGAUCUACACCUCAGGCACGACCGGUCCUCCUAAAGGAGUGAUGUGUUCCCAGGACAACAUCACCUGGAGCGCCCGCGCCAUCGUUGACUUCUUCAGCCUCAAGCACGACGACUCGAUCGUGUCCUACUUACCGCUGAACCACAUUGCGGCGCAGAUGGUGGACUUGUACUUGGCCAUGACAGCUGCCGGCACCGUCUACUUUGCCAAGCCGGACGCGCUCAAAGGCUCACUCUUCGACACAAUCAAAGACGUGAGACUUGGAUCAAGAAUUGAUGAUGGCGUCCACUUGCACCGCUUUUUUAUGUAUGACUGA